AGAAUCGCGUUACUUGACUGCUAGGAAGGACCCGCUUUGAGCUUCGUUUUCUCUUACGACUUCCUCCAAGAGUUUAAAGGUUUGUUUUACAUUUUUCUACUUUUAUUUUUAGCCAUUUAGAGCUCCUUUGUUUUGAGUGCCGGAGUUGUUUUUAAGCUGUGUAUUCGUGCGAUCUCUUGCAAGAGAACUGCAAGAGGAUUGGUUUUAAACAGGAAGCUGCAACGCUAGUAUUGUUGUUCCACCUGACACUAAGAGAAUCAAAUCUCCCGAUUUUCAAAUUGUGUUCAUUUCACAUGAUUUUUAGUUCAAAGAUAAAAAGUUAUUCAUCUUAUCUCAACUCCGCGUUUAACCUGAGAUCAGGCCCAAUUUUAGCGGUUCUCAUACAUUCUCUUUAACGGCUACCGCUAAAAUCUCUUUUCGUUUCGCCUUGCUCGCUUGAAUGUAAUUUUCAAAGCGAAACGAAAAUAGAGCCUGAUCUCAGGUUACUCCGCGUUCCACACCUGACACACCUUAGAGACGCGCGUACCUAGUACAGACAUUACAACUUCCUAUAAACAGGCUUCGUAAAUUUGAACAGCUGAAACCGCGGUGCUCCUCUCUUCUUUUUAGUUUUAUUAUUUAAUCAUCUGCACUUGGAAAGAGGUUUGUAAUUUUACAUUACACAUUCUUACUAGGUUUUUAAUCACAGAGGAUAAUUUAACCAGACCAGGGCUUCUCUAAAGUCAUGUCAGACAGCCACUAAUUUCGACGUCAUAUGACCUCGUUAUAAGCUUGCUUUCCGCUUGGUUAGUGUAAAAGACCAAAGGGUGUUUUUUUCUGUUAUACAGCAACCAGGCAGCUAGUAUCUAGAAGCCAGUAUAAAAUAAGGUAUGAUCUUCCAUUACUCUGCAGUCAUGUCUUCUGAAAACUGGGCGGAUCUUUCAGAUCUUUAAAAAUUGACUCUUAAUUAAAGUAAGAUAGUUUAAUUGUAAAGAUAAGAGUAGUUAACAAACUGGACUGUUAACUCGAUCUGGUCAGUAUAAGACUUUUUGAAGUGAAACAGGGCUGACGCUUUAUGUAAAUAGAAUCAUUUGUUUGUAACCCCGGUCUUUUAUCGGCACACUGUUACAGCUACGUGUUGUCAGUCAAAGCUAAAAUCUAUUCCUAAUUUUCUUCUCUUUUUUCAAUUUCUUUUUGAUUUGCUGGGAGAUUUAAUUUUUCGUUCAGCUUCGAACUUUGUUGAGAGAAGAAUCCGAUCCACAAUAUGUGACAGCUUGUUUGAGUCAUUUAUGAUCUGAGUUCGUGACACGAUAAAGGCUUUAAAAUUAACUUUGUGCAAUUGUUACUUUUAUAGUCUGAUAUCCCAAAAUACAUUACAAUAUUGCACCUCAAUAAUAAUAAGUAAUAAGUACCCUAUUUUAAAAUAAGGUCAGCAUUUGAUGUCUUUAAGCAGACUUUAAAUAGUUUUUGUAUAAUCUGCUUUUAUAGUCAGAGUGUUGUGUGCCUAAAAUACAAUUUAAAUAGACCUCAAAACAUUGUUUAAGUACCCUAUUUAAAAGUAUUUAAAAAUGUGGUCAGUAGUUAAGGUCUUAAAACAUUUUUCAAAUAGUCUAUUUGAACUCUGUUUGUAACUUUGUGAGUGGAUGCGUCUCAAAAUAUAUUUUAGAUACAACUCAAAACAGUGUUAAAAUACCCUAUAUUUAAAAGUAUUUAAUUAAUACAGUCGCAUUUAAUCCCUUAAAACAUAUUUCAAAUAGUCUAUUUGAACUCUGUUUGUAACAGUGUUAGUGGUUCUAUUCCCCAAAUACAUUUUAAAUACCCUAUUUUAAUCAUAUUUAUUAAACAAAAUAGAUUUUAAAUUGGUGAGAGAGGUUUUCCUUUUGAUGAAAUGUAAUUUAACUACACCUAAGAUAUAUUUCAAACAGGGGCGAAAAGUUAAAUUUUUUUGUCAAAUAGGAUUAAAAUACAGGAAAAUAGUGUUCAAAUACUGAAAAUACAUUUUAAAUACUUUAAAAUCAGUUUCAAAUUACGUAUGGUUUGGUAAGUGUCAAUGGUUCUAUCAAAGUAAGGAUUAUCUUCUUCAGGGGCACCCAACGACAAUUUUCAGAAAAUAUCUGUUCGGAAGACGAUUUGAGAUCUAGAAUUUUGGGAACAUUUGUUGUAAAAGUUUUUGCUUGCCUGCCCCGCCUAGGAUUUUCGAACAUCUAAAUAAUGGUAUAAUUGCCUAUCUUAAACGGAUUUUUACCCUAAAAAGGUCACCUAGAAUUUUCGGGAGCCUUUUUUCUGGCUGAAAUUUUCGAAAAGGUAAGUUUUGAUCCCUAUAAUUUUCGGAUCACUAGACUUUCAGCUAGGAAAUCCGAACAGAUGAAAAAUUUUUAGGGGAUGAAAAUAUGCCUAUAUCUACCGUUUAAAUACUAAAAUACGUUUAACAAUGCUAUGUUUAAGUGGUUUGAACUAUAUUCUCGUUGGGUGCCCCUGCUUAUUGAUAGUCGCUAUUGUGAGCUUCUUGAUUGGUUCAAAAACUGUAUUUAAAAUUAGGCAAAAAUCCCAUCUUACAACUUCCUGUUUGCGAGAAAGCCACGCUAUGCUAAUUUUUUCCUGUUUUUCAAAAAAAUGUCACGCUAUGAAAUCACGCUACGGAGACCGCCUCAUGAAGCAUUGCUUUUGUGUGGAAUUAUGCAUUAACACUGUGUUAGUCCUUAGCUCCAAAACGAGCAAACUCAACCAAGCAGUCUUUAAUCAAGGAAAACACAAAUCAAUUUCAAUCACCUUACAAGAACGUCCCCGAAAACGUUUUUACGAGUAUGCGAUAUUAUGUCAGCGGUAUUGACCACUACUUAAUAAUAUCACAUCUCCCUUCUCAUGAAAAGAAAACUUAUUUACAAUAAAGCAAUCAAACAAUCAGUCAGACAAUGACAGUUCAAAGUCCUAAACAACGUUCCGUAAACAAAAUCUCGUAGUCGUCCAGGUCUAUGAAUGACUCUACCAGAUCUUGUUUGCAUCACAGGUGGUCCUUCCACAGGCAAAGGGGUACUACUAGCUGGCAGGUUUUCUUGGGAUUCCAAAUCCAACUGUGGCGAUGAUUCCUUGGUCUUUACCAAGUGUCUUCUAUUUCUCCUGAAUACAGUUCCUUAGAGAUCUACCUCGUAGGGGCGAGGUGCUACUUGUUUGACAACCGAUCCCUUUCUCCACAGCUUUUCUUUGUCUGAUGGCAGCGGUUUCAUGCGCACUGUGUCUCCGGGUUGAAGCUCAGGAAGUUCUUUUUUUCCUUUGUUGUAAAACAGUGCUUGUUUCGUCUUUCUUUCUUUGAGUUUGUCUUCAGUUCCCUCCAUGAUGUUUGGCUGUAACAAAGUUCCUGCUGUAGGUAACAGUGUCUUUGUGCGUCGUCCAAACAAUCUUUGUACUGGUGAUGAUCCAAUACUGGGUGAAGGUGUGCUCCAAAACAGGUCAUCUCUUGCUUUAUUUAAACAGCUUUCAAUACCAAGGUGGCUUGAGUAUACUUGCGUUAUCAUGUGGGGCCUUAGCGCUACAGGUACAAUUACUCGAUUUCCUUUGAAGAGGAUACCAUCUUGGAUGCUGAGCUCUUCUUUGAAGUCAAAAUAUCUCUUGAUUUCUGAUGGGACUUCUUCUUUUGUUUCUCGCGAACCAAUCUUGAUAAUAUGUUUCAACUGCUGAAGACCUUCGUCAAGUUCAGUUUUUUUCUUCUGAAAUCAACAAGGCGUUCACUCGUGAUUGGCAGAAACUCAACCAUGCUGAUCUCUUCAAUGGAUUUGAUUAGAUACUCUUCCUGUUUGACUGAUAAAACCUCCGACUUCAACUCUUCUCUACUCGGCUUUUUGGGAAGGAAUGCUCGACUGAGUGUAUCGGCAAUGAAUAGUUCCUUUCAGGCUUGUACACUAUAUUCAAGCUAUACCUCUGGAGCUGUAAUAACAUUCUUUGGAGCCUUUUGGGGGCUGAAAGCAGAGACUUCUUGAAAAUGCUCUCUAGCGGCUUGUGAUCUGUCUGUACUGUAAUUGGUCUACCAUAAACGUACUGGUCAAAGCGUGUGCACCCGUGAGCUAUGCUGAGCAGCUCUUUCUCUAUUUGAGCAUAAUUUCUUUCAGUACUCGUAAGUGCUCUUGACGAGAAUGCUAUAAGCUGACCCUCUUGCAGUUUGACAGCACCAAGUCCAGAUUCCGAUGCAUCGCACUGCAGAGUUACUUCUUUACUGGGGUCGAAAUACUUCAACACUACUUCCCUCGUGAUCAACUGUUUCACUUGCUUCCAUGAUUUCGCGUGUGUAUCGUUCCAGUGCCAUUGCACAUCUUUGUCUAAUAGACGUCUCAACGGUUUCGUCACAUCAGACAGGUUAGGCAGAAAUUUCGCAAGAUACGUAAUCAUUCCAAGCAGCCUUUGCAGGGCCUUCUUGCCUGAAGGGGUAGCCAUUGCUACAAUUGCCUCGACUUUACUUGGAUCCGGCUUGAGGCCAUCAGGGGUCAGUACAUGACCGAUGUAGGGCACUUCUUGCUUUAUCAACUGUAACUUCUUUGGAUUCAACUUGAUAUUCCUCUCACGACAUCUCUCCAGGAGGGCAAUUAGGUUUCUGUCAUGAUCCUUAACCGCACUUUCAUAAGUGUCACCUUCGCCAACACAGAGUAUGUCAUCUACAAUGUCUUCUAUACCUUUAAGACCUUGUAGGCUUUCAUGGAUUCUUCGCUGGUACUCUUCCUGGGCUGUUUUGAUUCCAAACGGUAAGCAAAGCCAACGAUAACGGCCAAAAGGUGUAUUGAACGUGGUCAAGAGUGACGACGGUUUGUCUAGCUGAACUUGCCAGAAUCCAUUUUUUGCACCCAAAACUGAGAAGACUUUAGCCUUGCAUAGCCUAGUGGCCACGUCUUAAAUGGUGGGGAGAGGAUAAUGGGCUCUCAGCAGGGCUCUGUUUAAAUCUUAUGGGUCAAUACAAAUUCUUAACUUCUCUGGCUUGUUGACUAGAACCAAAUUAGACACCCAAUUUGUAGGUUCUGUAACGGGGGUGAUAACUUUCUCUCUGACUAACUUGUCCAGUUCUUCCUUUAAACGGUAUCUCAGUGCUACAGGUACUUUUCUAGGGGGGUGGACAACAGGUUUUACAGUUUCGUCACGUUCCAUAUGGUAUGGGCCAUCCAUGCAUUCUAAUCCCUCAAAAAACAUCACUGUACUCUUUCAAAAUUUAAUCUCUGGUUAGAACAAUGUGGGCAGUUUGAACCUUGUCAUUUACUGCGUUCACAGUUUCUGACUCUGAAAUGUCACUUGCCAUAACCUUGAUUAAGUUCAGUUCCUGACAUGUCUCAGCACCCAAUAGAGGCCUGACAUCCUCAUCAGUUAUAAAAAAAUCUGCAUCUCUACUCAUUUCACCUUUGGCACAUUUGAGAGUGCACUUUCCAAGUGGAGUCAUAGUGGUUCUAUUGUACAUCUUGAGUAUUGCAGAUGUUUUCUUCAAAUAGAGAUCUUUGGGAUCCCCCAUAAUGCUUGAGAAUUCUUUUAGUGAUAGCAAAUUACAAGUUGCUCCACAGUCCAACUGAAAUGUAACAUCUUUAGCAUUGUUUACUUUGACUGAUGUAAACAACUGUUUUGGGUAUUUCUUUUCUUCAACAGCACUGACUUGAUAAGUUAUUACAUCAAUAGUAUACUCUCCCAUUUGAAUCUUCUUGCACAUAAUUCAAAUUCUGAUUGGCAUGUAAAUUACGACUGGACUGCCUUCCUCCUGUACACUUCGCAGCAAAAUGGUUGCUUUUUCCACACUUGUUGCACUGUUGGCCAUAUGGAGGGCACUUUGAUCGUCUGGUACAUGUUUCCCGCCACAAAACUUGCAGUCGAUCUGUUGAGUACUUCCGGUUUGCUGAUUUUUUCUUCUCUUCUUGUUUCUUUGGGAAGAAUUUUUCUUUCUUCUUCCCCACUGCAUUAACCUCGUGCAAGUUUUGCAUUUGUUUCAACUGGCUUUGGGUUGCUUCGGCAGCUCGUGCAAUUUCUAGAGCUUUAUUCAGCGUCAAAUCUGGGACUCGCAGCAAACGCUCUCUCACGUUGUUAUCAGCGAUUCCAAACACGAUGCGGUCACGUAUCAAUGAAUCUUUCAAAUCUUGAAAUUCACAAGAGUCUGCCAUGUUUCGUAGAACUGUGGCAUAUUUAUCAAUGGGCUCCCCACUUUCCUGUCCACGCGACAAGAAUAAAUACCUUCCGUAAAUUGUAUUAUUGCGAGGCUCACAAUACUGCUCAAAAUGCUCUAGAACUUACCCAUUUUGACUUUGUCACUGUCCCACGUGAAUGCACACUUCGUCGCCGAUCACGGUGAGAAAAGUUGCUACUUGAAUGGGGUCUUCCUUUCUGGCUAUUCCGAUAGCUAGCUCAUAGUUAUUCCACUUUUGUUUAAAUCUUUUCCUAUUUUGAGAUACAUUUCCACUUGAAAGCUGCAGAUGAUCCGGCGGGUUUAACAGACGCCCGGCCGCCAUUUCGGGGCCAUUUCACACCACGCGGUUUCGAUUUAUGCGAACAGCAACGAACCAAGGUUUUCACAAGACAAAUAUUUCACAAAUGCGGUCGGCAAACAGCUUCAUCCACUAACUUCUUACACCAUGUGUUAGUCCUUAGCUUCAAAACGAGCAAACUCAACCAAACAGUCUUUAAUCAGGGAAAACUCAAAUCAACUCCAAUCAACUUAAUACAAGAACGUCCCCGAAAACGUUUUUACGAGAAUGCGAUAUUAUGUCAGCGGUAUUGACCACUACUUCAUAAUAUCACAAACACCCCCUCAUGAAGCAGUAUUAUGAAUAUUCCAUAUAGUUUUCCAGAAUUUGGAAACAUGUAGAUUGUAAAGUUCUGUGGAGUCAUUGAAAAAUUUCCAUAAAAUCUAAAGUCGUAUUGAAGUUGAUUGUAAGAGUGAAAAUUAAAAAAUUUACACUCGUAUAACCCUCAACUUCUAUACUACGAAAUUUUUCUUGGACAGCUUCUUAAGAGCGUUGUAUAAUUUACUUAUUUAAGACUUAAAUGACAAUUGUAAAAGUGCCUGAUAAUUUGCAGACUUCUGUUCUUGACCCUCGGCGUUUUAGAUGGCGAUGCUAUAAUUUGAGAACAUCGUCAAAUCAUCAGUGGAAUUCAAGGCUUCCAUGCGUAAAAAGUGCCUUUGUCGUUGACAUGACUUGUUCUUUGACUGAAUCUCUUUCUUAGAAAUUUAACAAUCUCAAAAAUAAAGAGGUGAUAUUUUUUUUCAGUAGUGACUCAGGAUUCAGGACUGCUCGGAAAAAAGCCAAUUGCAAAGGAGCACUCGGAUAUUUCCAAGUAUUUUCGAGUCCAUAUUGGAAAAAUAUCAUCUCUUCAUUUUAUCAACUGAGGUUAACAAUUUCCAUAUCAAUCAUUCAUUUGUGCACUUAUGUUAACAAACUGUGGCAAACUUUGUAUCAAUGUGAAGGUUAUAAAAUAAGGACUACAAAAAAUAGGGAUGUUUUCCGACAGAUCGUGUUAUAACUGGAACCAUGACCAACUUGACCAACUUUAUAUCUCUUGUAAAAGGAAUGAAAUGAAUAAGGGAGGCAAACAAAAACAAAAAACAGAAAGAAACAAGGGAGCCAAUCAAUCAAUUAAUCAAUCAAUUUCCAUCCAUUUCUCGUGUUGGAGUUGAUACGAAAAAAGACUGAAUUGAAUCAAUCAUUGGUAUGAUGAGAAUUUGAGGAUCUUUUGGGUAUUCCAAAUAAAAUAAAAACUUUAAACCUUAACAACAGGACUGAAAAAAGCCUUUGUAAUUUGAAUGAGACUCUUGAUUGGAAUAAAUUGUUUCUUGAGUACCCCACGCAUUUUGGGGCAACCUACACAGACUACCCUACCAGAGACAGGUGAGCCGCGUGUUUUACAUAACCACUUUUUCUCUGGCAAACACCUGGGUAUGUUGUGGACGAUUGACGUCGACGAUUUAUUGCAUAAAUUAAUCUGCAAAGAAGGCUAUCGCGCAACUAAAUACAGCAUACUACGAAAUGUAUGAACGGUGCCGAAACAAUUGGCUUCUUCCCCACCCCGGCAAAUGUGAGAAAAGUGUGAAUGACCAGAAGCCAUCCGGAUCAUAUGCCAUCGAUCUACAUUGGUAGAACAUUGGUAGCUCUGAAAUUAAAAUGGCCAAGUCAUGCCUGCUAGGGAUGACAGUAAAUGCAAAACAAACCUGGCUCCCUCUCGCAGCCAGAGUCCUCAAGCUCUUUGGUCAGCAGGUGGUGCCCUGGAGGGACUCUAGGAAAGUGAAAAUAAUUAUAUUUUACUUUCUCAUGGGUGACCCGCAUAACAACAGACAUCUGACAGCAACUUAGCCAAAUCAGAGCCUUAACCAACUAUAUCGAUGGCCUAGGAGGGAGAUUUGAAAUGUAAAAAGCGCUUUUUCAGUUUUACCUUUUUUAUGUGAGACAUGGCUGUGUUCGUUUUUACCACUUUUGUUUUUCCUAGCCAUGAACUUUUAAAAAAUAAAUCUUGAAAAACAACCUGCCAUUUAACACGACGACUUCCGUUUCCCGUUUUCAACCAUGCUCACAAAGACUCGAUUACCACAGUUUGACUGGUAAAAUUGAGUCCAUUUUCCCAGAGUCUCUCCGGGUGACCGCUCGCUGACGAAAGAGCCCAAGGACUCUGGGUACGAGAUUAGCACUUGUUGGAAUUAAAAAAGCCUUUGCUAAAAAAAAAAGACCUACUCAAGAGAUUAAGAUUGCUUCGUAGGAGGGUCCUUCAGGAUCCUUACUCCAAGGACAUUUUGCCUUCAGUGACUUACAUUGUUGGGUUAGUCUCUGGAACGGCUGCAAGGCUCAUAUAAUUAUGUAACUUGCCUAAGAACGUGGCAUCGGUAAAAGUCCUAGAAUGAGUGCAAUCAUCCACUUUCUUUUCCCAUUAUAAAUAUGCCAUUUUUAUCUGUAUUCACAUGGCGUAUGAUGCCAGAGUUCAUCUUCAUCAACUUGCAGUUUUAGAUCGGAUGCGUUUAUCGACCUCCAAAUCAACAUGUUGAUGUGUUUCUAGAGCAACCUAAUAACUGUAGAGGAACAAGUUCAUUUUCUGAUAAUGUGAAUAAUAUUGUGAAAUUAAAUUUGGCAAUAAUUUUUCGGCAAAAUGAGAUUGUGAAUCAGUAUAAAAUAAUGUUCUGCAAAGCAAAGCUUGUUAGUUAUGUUAAUCAGGACAUUUUACCAGGAAUUUAAUUUUCUGAAUUAGCCAGAUUUAGCACCACUUUUUUAACCAGCUCAUAAUUUUGUAACAAUCGCAGGUUUGAAAACAGAUGAGAGCAGACAGCGAAAUACUGGUGGCUCUGUGUGAAAAAAUAUUCCUGGGUUUUUCUGCAAAUAUUUUUCAGACAUGUUUUCUUCUUAACAAAGAUGAAGCUGCUGCCACCAAUUGGAAUGGUCACAUGAAGUUGACUUUUAGUUCUGUGCCGUGGUUUUUGUUUCGUUGUGUUUGCAAACUACUUUUCAGUAGCUACAUGUACAUACAUGAGUGCUGAUUGAAAGCACUAACAUUUUUUUAUGUUUGUGUAUGCAGAUUGCAUUAUAUGUCUCAAUAUAUCAAUAAGGUACUAAAACAAACAGAGAGUUCAACUGAAAAUAGUAAUUUUUCUUUUGCAGGGCAUAUUUCAGUGUAGAGGGUGCACAGCAUAUUUUUUUUACUGAAGGCUGCACCAGAAGGUCACGAAACUUGAAGCAACAUGUCAAGCUGUGAUGUAAAGAGGUAUUAGGCUAAUUUGAUGUUGAUUCUGAUUUAUUUAUUGUACAUUUAGUUUACACCAUUGAACCUGUGUGUCAUUAUAGCUUGUCAUACACAUUCACCCACACAACGAAAACAAUCCAGCACGAAACAACCAAUCAAGAGCCUUGCGCUAUCCGGUUUCCUCAAUGUGGCAUAGUGGUAGCUCAGUGUUCAUGCAAUGGUCACGCAAUGGUCCUGGGAAAUGUUCCUGGGCAGUGCUUAAUUAGCAAUGAUUCAUGCAGUUGCGAGUAAUUGCUGUCCAUUGCUGUCAAUACUGCGCAGAGCAUUGACCUACUUUUGCACAGAGUAAUGCCCUGAGCAAUGCUUAUCACUGUCUUAAUCAUCAAAAUUUCCACUGAUUUUCGCCAGUGCUUCAGUCAGUGCUUGUUAUUACUAUGAGCAUUACUUUCACUUUAGCGUAGGUGUUUCAAUCUCCUGAUUGCGUGGCCUUCUAUACUGCUUCAAGUAUUGACAAGCAAUGACUUUCUACUGCUCCACACAGUCAUGUACACAACCUUCUUGCCAAACCUCCCAGCACUGACAAGCAUAUAAUGUUAUUUGGGACUAGUCAAUUUUUCGGGUGUAACAAAAAUCCUUUCUUCCUACCAUACUUUAAAAACCCCCUUCCCUACCCCACCUUUGUUUGGUUCUGCAACUUUGAUCCACUAGUUGCACUCACUGAAGUAUAUGCUCAACGACUACAUAGGAUGCACAAAAUAAUGCUCACUCCUCACUCACUAGUUUGAAACUUGUUCAAAUUCCUUUGUCAGAUAGGUAGCAAAAUGUGUACACUACUCCAAGCAUUUAGAUAUGAUCAGUCAUACAAUCAACAUGGCGACCUAUGCAGAGGCAAGAUGAAGGAGUGCUACAGUUUUUUUUUAAUGUUUUUUUUUAUACCUGUUAUGAGCAGCAUUUGUGUGUUUCAUUUAAUUGGCAAUAAAACUUUGAUAAGAUGCAAGCUAGGAGCCAGGUGCAUGAAACAGGAAGACAUUUUGAAUUAUUUUUUUUUCUGUGUGUGAAUGUGGAGAAUCGGCUAAGGUGUAGCACAAGAACAAAGAUUGACUUGGGAAGGGGUUGUCUAAUCAGGGUGGGAGGAAGGGGUUUUUGUUACACCAGGAAAAUUAAACGCUCACAAAUAACAUUAUGUGCUUGUCGACGUUUGGUAAUGCUUUUCAAUUCUAAUUAACAGAGGUGUGCGACAGACGUCCAUCUUGCCAUCCAGACGGGCAUGGGCAAACAAAUUGGUCAUUUGAAACAUACACACACAGACAAAAAAAUGCCGAUGACAAUUAGCCGGGUGGACAUGGACGGACAAUAAUGCUGAUGGAAAUAUACAGGAGGGACAUGGAUGGACAUAGGUUAUGUAUUGGACGGACAUGGACAGAGCAGACUGCAAAGUUAUGUGGGAGGGUAUGGACGGACAUGUGAAAUGCAUGGACAGCUAUAGGACGACAAAAAUAUUAGACAAAUCAUUUGGACGGACACAGACAGACAGCGCUGAGCAUUGCUCACAGUACUCCGACCAAAAUUUAGUAAAUGCUUGCAAUGCUCGAGGCGAUGCUUGGCAUUGCCUGGCAUUGUCUAGCAUGCUGAUCAUUGCCCAGGACCAUUGCUUGACCAUUUUGGGCAAUCCAGCAUCAUCUUCCAUUAUUCCCCCAGUGCUUUUUAAAAUGUUUAUGCCUUUUUUUCCUGGUGCUAGAAAAUCAUACAAACUCCCAUUAUGUGCAAUUAUGUUUGAUGACCAAACAGCGCUUAUAUAUUUUUUGCUGUGUUGACCAAUCCUUGCAAAAAAGGGUGAUGUCUAUAUAUGUUAAAAACAGGCUUACUGCCAGUCGUUUGACCAUUCAAUCACUCUAGUGCCAUCUUAUAUAACUCUGUGUGAUUGAAUACAUGCUUUCAGUUGCUCAAAUAUUGAUGCUCAGGGUAAUUUGCCAUACAAUGAGUUGAGCCACUGAAUUCAUCUUUGCAUGAGCACUUUACUAUUAAUUGAGAAAGCAAGUACCUAUUAUCCUCACUUUGACUUUCAAUUUCUCUUACAGAAAUGUUAGUAUUCGACUGUCUCUUCGUGAACUAGAAUGUAAUGCUGAGAAGAAGAAUGACUUUCUCAAGGCAUGGAAACUGAUUCAGGAACUGCCACCAACUAAUCCGAACUCAUUCUGGUCAAUAGCAUCAUACCAUGGCAUGCCAUUCAAAGGCCGUCAAGUUCCACUGCUUGGGGAUGAAAGUGAGAAGGACUCCAGUACGUGGGGUGGCUACUGCCAACAUGCCAAUGUUCUCUUCCCGUUUUGGCACCGACUUUAUUGCCUUCGUUUAGAACAGGCACUGCAGUCAGUACUGGAAAGGGGGAAAGAACGAGUGGCAUUGCACUACUGGGAUGAAUCAAGCGAAGAAACCAAGAAGUACGGUCUGCCCGACAUAGUCACAGCCGAGUAUGUGUACAUUGAUAAGGAGCUUGUGCCAAAUCCCGUGUUCAAAUUCAAGCUGCCCAUGCCCAUCAAAGAUGAUGUUCCAAACACUGAUCCAGAUAGCAAGUUUUAUGAGAAAGAAGUUGGCUAUGACACCUGCAGGUAUCCAUACUCGGGCAUCCGAAGUCCUGAUGCUGCUAAGGCGGCCGCUUUAGCUCACAAUGACACUAUCGAUGGGACACAGGCGAUACCCCUUUUACAAAAAAACAUCAUCGGCUGGCUAAAUGAGGGUCGUAAGAAAGGAAAAUCAGCUUAUGUCGGUGUUGCCAAGGAAUUUAAAGAUUGCCUUGAGACACCAGAGUACAAUCCAUUCUCAAACACGACAUCUGUUCGUUGUGAUCCUUCAUUUACUUCACUUGAGCAGCCACAUAAUGAUCUACAUUUGGCCGUAGGUGGAUUCACACAACCGCAAACUAAUGAAGAUGGAAGCGUUAAACAGGAUUCCCAGGGAAACAUCAUGUGGAAAGGUCCAAUUGAAGGAGCAAAUGGUGACAUGGGUGCAAACGAGGUGGCUUCGUACGACCCAGUUUUCUUCUUGCAUCACUGCAACAUUGAUCGCAUGCUUUGGGUCUGGCAGAAGAAGCAUAAGAAGACGAAUCCGAGCACAUUCACCAUUGACAACAGUGAUGAAGAGGACGAAGGCAUCUCGAACAGCGGCCAAGGUGCUACUCCCUACCAGACAUGGGGCCAAAAGCUAAACGAGAAAACCAUUCUUUACCCGUUUCAAGAUGAGUACGGUGUCCCUCGAACAUCCAGCGAUUGCAUCGACAUUGUCGAUCAGCUUGGUUAUGAUUACUCCAUUGGCUCGCUGGAUCAAGAACACUGGCCUGAACCUGAAAAAGUAAAGACCGACGUCUCCCUGCUACGUACGCCAAGCACACGCUGGCAGGAUAUUUUUGAUAAGCUGGAAAAGAAAAGUCCCACUGUCACAGGUCUCCAACGCUUCCGACUGAUAUUUGACCUUACUCACCUUCCUGCAAUGACGGCACCUUUUCCUGAUCGUGACAAGUUGAAAUAUUUUAUUCAGGUCAAGGAUGUCAACAAGGACAAGAUUUCAGGAUCUUUCCUUGUGCAAGUGUUCUACAGAGCCACUACUGGAAAGCUCUACUGCCUGGGACAGCGCGGUGUUCUGUCCAGGUGGAACAGAAGCAACUGCGCUAACUGCCAGGGACGCAGGAUGGCUGACAUCUCCAUUCCAAUCAGAGGAGGCGACAGUGCUCCGUUUGACCCUCAGAACCGAGAGAACCUUCAGAACCUAGAGGUGCACCUUGUGAGUAAGGACGGGAUGACCGGUAAGUACAAAAGAGAGAUUAAGCUCCCCGGCAAAGAUCUUACUGAACCGGUAGUGCCGUUUGCUGCCAGAAGUGCUCCUGGUGAGCAAAAGCCUUCACUUCGUAUCUUCGGGCUUGCAUCAUGAAGACUAAACUAAGAGUGAAGACAUAAAAUCCAGCAUAAGAGGGAAGCGUGGUUCAUUAUCAAUUUUCAAUUAUUACUGGCAAUUUUUGGACAAAAUUAUUACCAAGUCAGCAUUAUGUACAAGUAUGUAUCAUCAGAACGUUUAUAUUAGGUGCACUUCUAAUUUCAAGAAAGUUAAAUCCUUGCUACUUUAAAGCAUUAGUGCUUGAGGUGCAUUAUUACUAUAAAAUUUGCUUCAGUCAAUUUAGCAUUGGAGACUAUUGUUGUCUGCAUUGCUUCAAGAUCUAUGAAAACUGAAAAAACUCUUCCAUAUUUUUUUUGCUAGCCAACUACAGUAGAUGAUAGAUGAUAUUAACACGCAGUAAAAGUUUGAAUCAUUUAUGUAUUCAGUGUUAUACCUGUAGCUUUUUUUUCUUUGAAAUUCUACCACCACUGCAGUAUCAAACUUUUAGCAAGUGUAUAAUUAGCAUGUAAAGCUUAUAAAGUUUGCUGAAUAACCAGCUGCACUUUUUGCACUAUUUCAAUUUUGACAAUAUUUUUACUAAUCUUAGCCUUCAUGAUAUGGAAAACAUCAAACCCAGUCUAAGCUUUUAGCCUAUUUUAAUCAUCAUAAGCUUUUAGAAACUGGCUUUUUUUAUUAUUUCUUUUUUAUCCAUAUCUACUUGCUUAUUUUGUGUGCUUAAGAGCUUACACUAUGUGAGAACAAAUUGUGAGUAAAAGUUAAGUAAGAAGAUUAACAGUAUGAUCAUAGCGGAUUUAGUCACUUUGUUGCAACAAUGAACUAAUAAUAAAUCAAUAGAAAUCGACAUUUCUUUUUAGCAGUUUAAUCCCUCAUAGGUACAUAUAAACGUAUAAAAAAAUAAUGUUUUUAAAGCAUGUUUUUUGUGCAUUAGUAGGACAAAAGCUUUCAAGCUCAGCAUACUAGCAAACCAGACACAUUUAUGUAUAUUCAGUUACUUAGUAGGUUUGUAACACAUAAUAGCUUAACUGAUUACAACAUUACUCCAUGGGGUCCAUGAAGGCACUAGGUUCUAGUACCGGUCUAUGGUGACUUUCUGUUCAAAGUGAUCUUUGAGUCGAUUUCAAUUGUGAUGCCAUCGUUGUAGAGGGUCUAUAUUGAUAGAAGGUGGUAGCAAACUUGAAUAGCAAAACUCUUUUGGCAAGCCACAACAAUUGUAAGUGCUUGCAUGGACUAGUAGGUAGCCUCAUGGCCUAAUAGAUAUUUUACAACCUACACAUUUAAAAAUAAGUAAUCAGAUUUUUUCAAAACAAUUUCAACCCUACUAGAGGAGACUUUUGACAGUGAAGGUAAGGUAGAAUCUGUGCCAAUCCAAGUGAUUCUGUUAGCAUGCAUUUUUACAUAUUUUAGUAUUCCCGACAAUUUCGAUGAUUUGGCUCAUUUUAUACGAGUGAAUGUUUUAUAUUCGAGUGUUUGAUGAUUUGGCUUAUUCUGUUUUGUUGAGUUUUCUGAUACUUAAAGUUUAAAACUGGGGUUUAAUAAGGUGAGCGUGCUUAAGCUCCGAAGAACGUGAUCUUAACGUAGGAAACUUAUCAACAUGUGAUGUACCAGGCUGUUCCUAAGCAACGCGUCCCAUUCCAAAUGUUAGCACCAGUGCACGUGUUUGGAAAGCCCUCACGAGAAGCUUCGUGCGUUCCCAAAGUCUUCCUUUUUGUUGGCUUUACACUGGACAUAACGGCGGGCCAACUUAAUUAUUUCUACCGCAAAAGCCGUAAACAACUUUUGUUCUCUUAACCCGAGCAAUUACUUAGGUUGCUCUGGAACCACGAGUGGCACGUAAUGCUAGCAACACAGCCUGGUCACCUCUCUUAGCAAUAAUGGUCCUGUAAUUAAGUACUUUAGCUAAGUUACCGGUUUGUAAGAAUCAUCCUGGCCUAUUUGCCAGCAAGAACUGUGGUACUGCUUGAGUUCGCUCUACAGCGAACCAGGAACACUUUAAUUAGUUUGUUGAAUUACUUUCUUUUUUUAACAUGCUGUAACAAUAAGCUUUUCACCGUUUGUCAUCCGUUCCCGAAAUGAGAUCACGUUCCGACAAGUUUGAACUGAAUUGAUAGCAGCUCACGCACGCUACAAGUCAACUAUUACAGGUCAGCGAACGAAGACCAGUACGCUCAGUGAUUGGUAUUGAAACAUCUCUCGGUUGGUUUUGCUUUGACUUAGGUUCAGCUAAUCGUUAAAGAUAGAGUGAAACGUGACACGGUUAGUGAAACGCGGAAUCGGCGCUAAUCCGUCAAAGGAUGCCGAAAGGUUACCGCUUUUUGAAUAGAACCUGCUUUUGACCAAUCACUAUGUAGCUUGUAGCGUCGCGCGUUCUAUUAGUAGCGUGGUUUUUAGUGUAGAGUAAGAGAGUGUUAGCUG